AUGGUUUCUGAUAGAAAAUUGGCUAAUGCUGUUGGAGGAAAAACAGCAAGAGCCUGUGAUAAUUGUAUAAAAAAGAGGGCUCGAUGGUAUUGUGCAGCUGACGAUGCAUUUUUGUGCGAAUCUUGUGAUGCAUCUGUUCAUUCAGCAAACCCUUUGGCUCGACGCCACGAAAGGGUUCAACUCAAGAUUUCUUCAAUCAAAUCAUCUGAGGAAUCUUCUCUGCAGAUUUCUGUGCCCUCAUGGCACCGGGGUUUCAUAAGAAAGACUCGAACUCCAAGGCACAGAAGGCAUGCAGACAAGCUCAAAUCUGAAGAGAAAAUUCGAAAACCUCUUCAUCUUGUGCCUGAAACUUGCAGCGAAGAGCACUCAAAUGAAGAAAAUGAAGAACUUCUUUAUAGGGUUCCGAUUUUCGACCCCUUCGUUGCAGAAUUAUGCACUUCUGCAAACGAGGGUGUGACGAAUAAUGAUGUCGACAAUACAGAAGCUGUUGAGAAUACUGAAUCGAAAGACAUGUCGAAUGAUUUGAGGCAAGAAAUGAAUCAUUUACGUGGGUUUCUUCCAUCUGAAAUGGAUCUUGCGGAAUUUGCUGCUAAUGUUGAAAAUCUAUUAGGAAAAGGGCUUGAAGAUGAGUCAUUUGAUAUUAAAGGGUUGGGACUUUUGAGCUGUGAAAAAGAAAAUCAUGACUCAUGUUCUUUAGGCAGUAGUGAAAAAGUUAAGGUUGAAGAUGAAGAAGUCGCAGAAAUAGUCAUGGCUCAGGCACAUGAAAAUGGCACAGAAAUAGACUUGGAAAGAGAAACUUUUGAGUUCAAUUUUGAUUAUGAUGAUUAUUCUCCAAUUACAGGUGAAGCAGAAGAUACUGAAGCACAAAUUGGUGGUGAUCAGGAAAUCAUGAUAAAAUUCGAAGAUUUUAAUGAAGUUCACGAUGAUACCAAGAAAAAGAAGAAGGUUAUGUUGAGUCUAGACUACGAGGGUGUGUUGUCGUCUUGGGAUGAUCAAAGGUCUCCAUGGACAACUGGUGAACGGCCGGAAUUGGAUUCCGAUGACUGCUGGUCGGAAUGCAUGGGCACUUGUGGAACAAUGCAUGUAUACGGAGGAAUGGGAAUGAUGAGUGGACAUGCAGCGGCAAUGGUGGAUGGAGGAAGAGAAGCCAGGGUUUCCAGGUACAGGGAGAAGCGCCGAACCAGAUUGUUUUCAAAGAAAAUAAGGUACGAGGUUCGGAAAUUGAAUGCUGAGAAAAGGCCCAGAAUGAAAGGAAGAUUCGUCAAGGGAGCAAAUUUUGUAGCACCAGCUUUUCCUUUGCUCAAGAAGUAG